CAGCAGCCGUCCCGACUGCUGCGGCGAGCCUGACCCGUACCUCUCACAACUCGACAUCUCCACCUUGCCACAGCUUCAAGUCCACCCAACGCAACCUAACUCAACCCCGCACCCGCCCCACCACCAUCGCAACCAUGGCCGAGAAAGAUAAAUUCAAGUUCAGACUCGAAAUCCAGCAAAUGAUGUUCGUCUCCGGGGAGACGGGCGAGCCGUCGCCGGAGACGACGGGGAUAAUCGAGGAGAUGGUUCGGGGACAAGUCGUAGAGAUGCUCCUGCAGUGUACCCAACUCGCCGCGCGCCGCGGUUCCCGCUCGAUUUCCACCGACGACCUGAUCUUCCUUAUCCGCCAUGACAAAGCCAAAGUCUCGCGCCUACGCACAUAUCUCUCGUGGAAAGACGUUCGGAAGACCGCGCGCGAGCAGGAUCCUGUGGGGGGUGGCGCGGGCGCCGAGCCCGGCGACCUGAUGGAGGAGGCAGCAGCGGGCGUAGGGAGCUCCGGCCCUACGGCGCAGGUCAUCAAGCAGAAGAAGACGAAAGUCGGCCUGCCGUGGGAAGUGAACUCUUUCUUCUCCGAGACGGUUCCGGAGCGCGAGGACGAUGAGGAUGAGGACGAGCUCGAGGCGAACCAGGCGACUCUCCAGAGACUGAAGAAUGCGGAUGAACGCACCCGCGGGAUGACCCGUGAUGAGUAUGUUCACUGGUCUGAGUGCAGACAGGCAUCUUUCACGUUCCGGAAGGGAAAAAGAUUCCGUGAAUGGGCGGGUUUUGGUACCGUCACUGAGGCGAAGCCGCAUGAUGAUAUUGUCGACAUUCUAGGGUUCCUGACGUUCGAAAUCGUACAGACGUUGACGGAGGAGGCGCUCAAGGUCAAGGAACAGGAGGAUGCCGUCGCAAAGCAGAGUAUGCGUACCAAUAAGAAGAGGAAGAGGGAGGAGUUUUUGUUUCACGCGCAGGAAGGGAGGACUCCGGUUGAGGCCCGCCACGUGACCGAGGCGUUCAGGCGGCUGCAGACGCCAAAGCCGAAGAUGAGAGCCAUGAGGAACUUCUCCGGAGGUGCUGUGAAGAGCAGAUUGACUCUGGUGUAGUUUCGAAUCCCUGGUUACUUGGUUUUAUUAUCGGCUUGGAGUUAAUGGAGUUAUUGGGCAUCUGUGUAGCGAUUUUUUUGGAGAGAGAGGGGAGGACGGGAAAACUGUUUUGAUCGGCUCCGUCCAUCUCAGCGUGUCCUAUAUGAAUAGCAAAGCGCGGCAUGGUCAAUAGGUUACCUACAUUGCCUCCAGCUUGCAUGUUCGAUCCAAACAAGUGGAGCGCAGGAGCGUUACGCGCCUAUGAUUCACUGUUGUCUCGAUCCCUCAUCCAACCAUCGUUGCUCCACCAGUCCCAAUCCCUCAAAACCAGUCCGCUACCGGUAGUCAAUUUCCUGUCACCAAUACCGUCCGAUAGAAACAAUGAGAGCCUGUUCGGUACC